AUGACGCAAGCACAAAUCUCUUCCUCCCGCAAACAGUGCGACUUCGCCAAGCUGUUAAUGGCAGGAUACGAUCUUGAAUUGAAUAAUAAAAAUACGCAGGACUUUAAUGUUGUAUUUCAUGGCCCUAAAGAAACAAUCUACGAAGGAGGCGUUUGGCGAGUGCACGUGACUCUACCAGAUGAUUAUCCUUUUUCUUCUCCUUCUAUCGGCUUCCUUAAUAAAAUAUUUCACCCAAAUGUUGAUGAGGCAUCAGGCUCUGUUUGUCUUGACGUAAUUAAUCAAACCUGGACUCCUCUUUACAGCCUGGUGAACGUCUUUGAGGUAUUUCUCCCUCAACUUCUAACAUAUCCAAAUCCUCAAGACCCUUUAAAUAGCGAAGCAGCUUCGCUGUUAAACAGAGACAAAGCGCAGUAUGAACAGAAAGUUAAAGAGCACGUGUUGAAGUACGCAAGCCGAGAUUCGUGGGAGAGAGAAAAAGCAAAAAAGAAAGAAGACGCAGCACAGGCUAAGAGAAGGCAAGAAGAAGAAAUGCAGCAAAGAGAGCUUUCAAGGGUUGAUGAUGAUGCAGAUGGCGGCGAUAUUGAUGAUUUAUAA